ACUUUCGAAGCCAAGAUCCACCACCUGGAAACAAGGCCCAACCGGAAGCCGAGGGAAGGGGCAUCUGAGCUGGAGUACUUUGUCCGCUGUGAAGUCCACAGCGGGGACCUGGGCACCCUGCUCAGCUCCAUCCGAAGGGUUUCUGAUGAGGUCCGCAGCACCAAGGAAGACAAGCUUCCCUGGUUUCCCAGAAAGAUCUCGGAGCUGGACAAGUGCCACCACCUGGUCACCAAGUUUGAUCCUGACCUGGACCUGGACCACCCCGGAUUUUCUGACCAGGCCUAUCGCCAGCGGAGGAAGAUGAUCGCGGAAAUCGCCUUCCAGUACAAGCACGGAGAGCCCAUCCCCCGGGUGGAGUACACGGCAGAGGAGAUCGCCACCUGGAGAGAGGUCUACACCACCCUCAAGAGCCUGUACCCCACUCACGCGUGCCGGGAGCACCUGGACGCUUUCCAGCUGUUGGAAAGGUUCAGCGGCUACAGCGAGAACAGCAUCCCUCAGCUCGAGGACGUGUCCCGCUUUCUGAAGG